AUGCUACUUGGUCUCGGUGGUCAAUCAGUAAGGUCACUCACCCGCUCUUACCAUUCUAACAGGCUCACCACUGGUAGGUACUGUGUAUAUGUUUCAGAUUAUGUCGAGAAAUGUCCCUUUCACCUUUUCGACACGGAAAGAAAGCGCAACAUUUCUCGUACGGAGCUCAAGGACGAUAUUACUACCAACCUCCAGGCCUGGAUCGAGAUCCCCCUGGCCUACGGCGAGGUUAUCAACAUUAUAUCAGAUGCCGUGCGUCUUACUGAGACCUCGCCGCGGCCAGUUCAAUGGGAGGAGGAUAUUCGCCCAUUUGUCUUUUCAGCAAUGACGAAGAGUCCAUUGAUAAAUGGUGUAGACUGCUUCAUCUCCGCCCUCAAAGACGAGCUGCAAGCCUAUAACUCAGGAACCCUCCACGACUACUCCCGCCGGUUGCGAAUACUUAUACCCAUACAUUCUGUCCUUCUGGCGGUCCGCGAGUCGAUCCGCACGAAGGCCACGCAAACGUCGAUACCCAGCCAUUGGGUACGUGAGCAGAUUACGCUGUUCGGCCAGUAUGCCAUCCUGUCGCAUCGCUGGUAUCAAGACGAAGAGGAGCUAUUAUUUGUUGAUGUGUCUAACAUCUCUGAUCCGGGUGUGCAGGCAAAGAAGGGAUUCCAGAAGUUGAUCGAGUUUUCAAACAUCGUCAAGUCUCUCUAUGGCUCUCGUUAUAUUUGGGUGGAUAGCGCGUGCAUUGACGAAGCCAAUCGGAAUGAAUCGAUCCCCCUCAUGUUCGCAUGGUAUCGCCGCGCAUACGUCUGCGUGAUUUACUUUUCGACUAUCUCAGGUGCAGCGACUUCCGACUCCCCUUUCGCAUCGCGCGAUCCGUGGUCUUCAAGAGGCUGGACCCUUCAAGAGUUUCUCGCGCCCAACAGAAUAGUGUGUUUCACAAACGACUGGCAUCCUGCGGAGCCCCUUGAAGACAAACACAAGUUCCAUGCUUGUCGAGGAAGCAAACUGGUUUCCUUGCUGUACCACGACCUUUGCUCGACCACAGGAUAUGUGGAAUGGGAGGCAUACGAACCGGGGAUUGACCACGCCAUUUCGCUCAUGCGCGCAAUGCAAAAGCGCAAGACUACAAAGGAAGAAGAUAUGGUGUAUUCCAUUCUCUCCGCUCUCGACGUCACUAUAGCCUGUGGAAUACGGCGAAGGAUUCGAUAG